GGGGGCGGGGAAAGCACACGCCCAGCUGCGCGCUGGCCCCGCCCGGGACCCGGCGGGAGCGCGGGGCCAUCCUCUUCCUCCUUUGCUAGCGCUGGGCUGAGCCCGGAGCCGAGAAACUGAGUUGGCUCUGAGCUCCCUGUUUGGUUUCUGGGCGGCGGCAGCCGGAGGAGGAACAUGGCGCUCGUAGGCAACGGAGCAGAGUUGGAAGCGGACGAGGAUAUCUUUGAAGAUGCCUUGGAAACCCUCUCUGUGCCUUCUCGUGUAGAUAUGGCAACAAGCAGCCAACACUUCUCAUCGUUUGAUACAAAACAGGCAUCCGGACAGCACCGAACAUCUAAUGUGAAAAGGUCACUGUCAACCAAGGUGGAUCUCAGGAGUGGCCUGGAAGAAUGUGCAAUGGCACUGAACUUAUUUCUAAGUAACAAAUUUACAGAUGCCUUAGAAUUGCUUCGACCAUGGGCUAAGGACAGCAUGUACCAUGCCUUGGGCUACAGUACCAUUGUGGUGCUGCAGGCCGUCAUGACCUUCGAGCAACAGGACAUCCAAAAUGGCAUUUCUGCCAUGAAGGACGCCUUACAAACUUGCCAAAAAUACAGGAAAAAAUGCACAGUCGUAGAAUCUUUCUCAAGUCUUCUUUCUAGAGGAUCAUUGGAACAGCUGACUGAAGAGGAAAUGCAUGCCGAAAUCUGUUAUGCCGAGUGCCUCCUACAGAAAGCAGCCCUCACGUUUGUGCAGGAUGAAAAUAUGAUCAACUUCAUCAAAGGUGGACUCAAAAUUAGAACAAGUUACCAAAUAUAUAAAGAAUGUCUUUCUAUCCUGCACGUAAUUCAGAAGAACAAAAUUGAGCAGCGGUUCUUCUAUGAGUUUGAAGGUGGCGUCAAGCUUGGAAUAGGGGCCUUUAAUUUGAUGCUGUCCCUUUUACCAGCACGGAUUAUCAGACUACUAGAAUUUAUAGGAUUUUCUGGAAAUAGGGAGUUGGGCAUCCUGCAGUUACGGGAAGGUGCCUUAGGAAGAAGCAUGAGGUCUCCACUAUGCUGCUUAACUAUACUAGCUUUUCAUACUUAUAUCUCCCUGAUACUUGGUACAGGAGAAGUGAAUGUUGCGGAAGCAGAGAGUCUCCUUGAACCCUACCUCCAGCAGUUUCCAAAUGGUUCCCUCAUGUUGUUUUAUCAUGGCCGGAUAGAGCUGCUGAAAGGAAAUGUGGAAGAGGCACAAGAGAUAUUUCGAAAAUGCAUUUCAGUUCAAGAAGAAUGGAAACAGUUUCACCAUCUCUGUUACUGGGAGCUGAUGUGGAUUUUUGUAUUCCAACAAAACUGGAGGGAGGCAUAUUACUAUUCAGAUCUGCUUUGCAAAGAGAGUAAAUGGUCCAAGGCAACAUAUGUGUUCUUGAAAGCUGCAAUUUUGAGUAUGCUUCCAGAGGAAGAUGUAGGAGCAACUAAAGAGGAUGUGGUAACUUUAUUUAGACAGGUGGAUGGCUUGAAGCAGAGAAUUGCUGGGAAAUCGAUCCCUACUGAGAAGUUUGCUGUGAGGAAGGCUCGACGUUACUCUCCCUCGUUGCCUGCACCCGUGAAGCUCGUCUUGCCUGCCCUGGAAAUGAUGUAUGUUUGGAAUGGUUUUCCACUAGUGAGCAAAAGAAAAGAUCUUUCUGAAAGUCUGUUGGUGACUGUUGAAAAGGCUGAGGCAGAUCUACAGAGUGAAAGGAAACAAGUGGAUGAGAAGGCUCAAGAAACUGGGACCCAAAGGAGGAACUCAAAGUUUGUACUAUUUAACAAAGAACCAAAACAACACUCCAGCGACUACUCUGUAGAUGAUGAAUGCUUAGUGAAGUUGCUGAAAGGAUGCUGCCUGAAGAACUUACAGCGGCCUUUGCAAGCGGAAUUGUGUUUCAAUCACGUUGUCCAAAGUGAAAAGCUACUGAAGUAUGACCACUACCUAGUGCCAUUUACUCUGUUUGAGUUGGCAUUUUUGUAUAAAAACCAAGGGGAAAUUGACAAGGCCAUAAAGGUCCUAGAAACUGCAAGAAAUAACUACAAAGAUUACUCACUGGAGUCCAGACUACACUUCAGAAUUCAGGCAGCUCUUCACCUCUGGAAAAAACCUUCCUCAGAUUGAUCAGAACAUGAAGGAUGGAAUUUUCUCUCAAUUAGUACCGGCAUCUGCUAUAGAUUAGACCUUGUAUUAAAGUGGAAAAAUGAUCUUGUGAAUGUGAGACAAAAAACUAAUUUUACUGUCAAUAUUUUCUAUCACCUGUGUGGUUUACUAUUGGCCUACAUAAAUGGGUUUUUUUUCCUAUGGAAUGAUGUUCAAUAAUAUCUAGAAAACUCUUAUAUUCUGCAUCUCCAAAAAGAAUUUCAUAUCCGAUUUGAAUUGGAGAGUGAAAAGUCUUUUAAAAGGACUCGCAGGUACAGUAAAGUAUAAUUAGAUUAUUUAUUUUUUUAAUGUGGAAAUGAAUAUUGUGUAAGUAGCAAAUGGCUUACAACCUAAGCAUUUUUAGCAUGUUGGUCAGUUAAACUUCAGAGAUAUUUUGUUGCCUAGCAUUUAAGUUUCAGAGGGGAAAUAAGAAUCACCUACAUUCAAAAUAGCUCAAUAACUUUCCGAAAACUCCUGAAAAAGACAGGCAAUGGGUGUGAACAGGACAGGUGAUGUAGGUAAUAGGUUGAAAGACCUGUAUCUAGAAAAGGUGAUGAAAUGUUAUUGUUUUUUAUUCUUCAUGUAAGUUGCAGGUGGUGACAGUUCUGAGAGACUAUCCUGUGUUUUUGUUGUUGUUGUUGUUGUUUUUGCGAUACGCGGGCCUCUCACUGUUGUGGCCUCUCCCGUUGCGGAGCACAGGCUCCGGAUGUGCAGGCUCAGUGGCCAUGGCUCACGGGCCCAGCCGCUCCGCGGCAUGUGGGAUCUUCCCAGACCGGGGCACGAACCCACAUCCCCUGCAUCGGCAGGCGGACUCUGAACCACUGCGCCACCAGGGAAGCCCUAUCCUGUUUUUGAAUGUACUUAAGUCUGUUAUUAUUAUAACAAAAUUCAAAAAAAUUCCAUGUAUCUAAAGGGAAAAGAAGUUAUAUUUUAGAAAAUUUCCUUAACCUUAACAAUGAGCGCCUAAAAUAUAUACGUUGACUAUUUUUCUUAUAAAGUUCCUGCUGCUUUCAAUGAUAUGUAAAAUAAUAAUUUUUACACUUGUAAUGUUGGUGUGUAAGGUCUAAUCUGCUCAUUUCUCUAGCACUGUGAUGGUUCCUUGUAAAUAUCUGGACUGUGCUUAGUCCUUUAAUUUGCAAACACAAUCAGGGCAUGGAGUGGAAGAGAGCCAGCUCUGUGGUCCUGGCUCUGCUGUCGGCAGUUACCGGGGUGACCUUUAGGGAGUUCUGUGCUCUCUCCAUCGCCAUAUUUUCUUCAUCUGUGAAAUGGAAAAAGAACAGAUGAAUUUCAAGGUCUCUUUUCGUUUUAUAACUGUGGGUCUGAGGCUGAGAUAUUUAUUUUCAGCAAACAAUGUUAAAAUGUUUAAUCCAGAUCAUUCCCACUUAGUGUGUGUUUUAUUUUACAAUCAUCACUGCCCUCCCCAGCCCCUCAGCUCUCCAAUAUGUAUGUGCAGUGGCUGAGGACAAGACUGCAUCCAGAGCGACAAAAAACAGUUCAUGAAUCGAUGAAUCAGGGUUCUGUCUUAUUUCUAUUUUGAAGAAUAACUUGUCUUGGAAGCCUCUGCAGUUUAACAAAAACAGCCCAGAUUGGCAGUCAGGAGCCGAGUUCUAUUAGUUAAUAAUAUUUCCUCUACGUGGAGCAAGUCAUUGACCCUUUCUGACACUCAGUUUCCCUGGUGGGGAUGGCAACACAGAGCUUGGUGUUUGUGAGGGCUGUAUUAGACAAUGCAUAUGAUAGCUUUUUAUAAACUGAAAGGCUGCAUGAAUAUGAGUUGUUGUAAUAGUUACGGUUUUUAUGUAUGUAUUACAGUAUCAAAACAAAAGUAUUGGCUUGAGUCUGUGGUCUCUGAUAUAAAAUGAAAGUGUGGAGAUUCAAACAAGUUUAAAUUUAUUUGAAGUGUUUGGCACUGACAUGAGCUCACAUUGUGAAUUUGCUCCUUGCUGUUUAUUCCCUGCUAUAUGAGCCUGUAUCCAGCAGGUAUUUGGUCUUGUUUUCUUUAAGGUACUAAUUCUUGGCCAAUACUGAGGAUGUUUUUCCAGUGGAAAAUGAUGAAUAGAACUCAACUCGGAGUUCCACCCCUUCAGAUAAUAUUGGUGGUAGAUUCAUCGUGUGCUAUUAAUAGGAAUUAUAUAACUUUACAUUAGGACCAAAUAAAAGAGAAAAUAACUGUCAUUACAAUUAGUAAGGGAAAAUCUGUUCAAAAAUUUCUUUGAAUAUUACUUGGAAAAAAAAGUCUCCAAAGUUCUUAGAAGAGUUUUGGUAGCAUUAUUAUUAUUAUUUUUUAAUAAUUAAAAAAAACGGUCAUAUUGCUUUUGUGAGAAGCUACAAGUCAGAGCAAAAGUGAGUAAAAAAUGCACUUUCUGGUAUGAAAUGGAAACGAUUUAAGGUAAUGGUAGUUAUUUUUGUUUUAUUUUAACUCUGCAUUACCAAAACAAAUAUAAAAAUUCAUA